CUCGCCAAUCAGGCGCACAGCUCACGGGGCACGCUCUCCAGGCGCGUGAGGCGGGCUGGCGGCGUCCCGGGGGCCAUGGAGCGGGACCGGCGGGAGAUGGUGUCUGCCUUCUGCCACAAAACUUCAUCUUUGGAGCGGGUGGAGGAGGAAGGUGAUGAUGAGGAGGUGGAUGAUGAAUUGGACAUUUUUGGGGGCUAUGACAGCCUCACGUGCUACAACAGCAGCAUGGGCAGUGAUAGCAGCUCCUGUCUGGAGGAGUCUAGCGAUGAUGAGGUGGCAGACCGGGAAGCUGGAGAGCUUUCAACAUCUCCGAUGCACCAGCCAUCCACAGGCCGGCUCACAGAAGAAAAUGGCUCCGAGCCAGCUGUGUGCGAAAUGUGUGGGAUUGUGGGCACCAGGGAGGCUUUCUUCUCCAAGACUAAACGUUUCUGCAGCGUCUCCUGCUCCAGAAGCUACUCCUCAAAUUCCAAAAAGGCCAGCAUCCUGGCCAGACUGCAGGGGAAACCACCAACAAAGAAAGCUAAAGUUCUGCACAAGGCAUCCUGGUCAGCUAAGAUCGGGGCCUUCCUCCAUUCACAGGGCACGGGACAGUUGGCAGAUGGAACACUGACAGGUCAGGAUGCACUCGUCCUGGGCUUUGACUGGGGAAAGUACCUUCAGGAGCACGGCUACAAGGCAGCUCCUGUCAGUUGCUUCAAACACGUGCCGCUCUUCGAUCAGUGGGAUGAUGUAGUGAAAGGUAUGAAAGUGGAAGUGCUGAACAGUGAUGCUGUGCUUCCGAGUCGUGUGUACUGGAUUGCAUCUGUCAUCCAGAUUGUAGGAUACAGGGCCCUUCUGCGAUAUGAGGGCUUUGAGAACGAUGCUGGUCAUGACUUCUGGUGUAAUUUGGGCACAGUGGAUAUUCACCCCAUUGGCUGGUGUGCCAUCAACAGCAAAAUCCUGGUACCACCACAAACUAUCCAUGCCAAGUACACUGACUGGAGAAGUUACCUCAUGAAAAAACUGGUGGGAGCUAGGACCAUCCCAGUGGAUUUCCACAUAAAGAUGGCAGAGAGCAUGAAGUACCCGUUCCGGCAGGGUAUGCGGGUCGAGGUGGUGGAUAAGAACCAUGUGUCUCAGACACGUAUGGCAGUGGUGGACACAGUGAUUGGGGGCAGACUGAGACUCCUCUAUGAGGAUGGCGACAGUGAUGAUGACUUCUGGUGCCACAUGUGGAGUCCCCUCAUCCAUCCUGUGGGCUGGUCACGAAGAGUUGGCCAUGACAUAAAGAAGACAGAAGAAAAACGUAACGACAUGGCAAACCAUCCCACCUUCCGGAAGAUUUACUGUGAUGCUGUGCCCUAUCUGUUUAAGAAGGUACGAGCUGUCUAUUCUGAAGGUGGAUGGUUUGAGCGAGGUAUGAAACUGGAAGCCAUUGACCCCCUGAAUCUGGGCAACAUCUGUGUGGCCACUGUUUGCAAGGUUCUCUUGGAUGGGUACCUCAUGAUCAGCAUUGAUGGAGCAACAUCUGAUGAUGGCUCUGACUGGUUCUGCUAUCAUGCGUCCUCACACGCCAUCUUCCCUGCCAACUUCUGUAAGAGGAACAACAUUGAACUGACUCCACCAAAAAGGCACGAAGCAAAGACAUUCAGCUGGGAGCGUUACCUAGAAGAGACCAAAUCAAGACCUGCUCCAUCACGGCUCUUCAACACAGACUGUCCCAACCAUGGCUUCAAGGCAGGCAUGAAGGUGGAGGCAGUGGACCUGAUGGAACCCCGGCUCAUCUGUGUGGCCACGGUGAAGCGUGUAGUCCAGCGUCUCCUUAGCAUCCAUUUUGAUGGCUGGGACAAUGAGUAUGACCAGUGGGUGGACUGCGAGUCUCCAGACAUUUAUCCUGUGGGGUGGUGUGAGCUUACAGGCUACCAGCUUCAACCACCAGUGACUCCAGAGCCCACAACUCCAGCGAAGGCCAAGGAGGUGCCCAAGAAGAGGAAGAAACCCUAUGGAAAGAAGAGAAAAAAGUUACCUGCCAAAGCCCGCAGUGUCAAGCAGACUGUCAAGAAGUCUUCUGCCAUGAACUCAAAACGAGAAGCAAAAGCUGCCAGCCAGACUUUGCCAGAGCCAGCACCUGAUGAGAUCAUUGCUGUACGGGUGAAAGAAGAAACCAUU